AUGACUGAAUGUAUUAUUCUUACCUCAAUUUUAAAAUAUAACAAGAACUACAUUGAUAAUAUUUUAAAAAAUAGUCUAUUUGACAAUGUUUUAUGCAGAUAUAUUUCUUUAGAGAUAAUUAUAAAUUAUUUUUAUCUCUGUGAUUACAAUCCACAACUUAUAAAUUUCUUGAUAAAAGAUUUAAAUUUUAAUGAUUUAAUUAUAGAUUAUAUAGAACUAUACAUCGAAAAUUAUUUGUCUAAACUUAAUUAUGAGAAUAUUGGGAUCAUCAAAAAAAGAUCUUUAUACCAAAUAACCUUAAAUCAUAUAUGUCCAGUCAGCUUAUUUAGAAAAAAUAUGAAAGAUCUUUACCAAUUUAGUAAGAAUUUGAAUAUUGUUUCUCGUAAAGAUUUAGAAAAUACACUUGUAUCUUUAAAUAUUGAUAGCAGUGGUCUUCAAAAUUUAAAAUACAGACAAGUAACAGUAAAUAAUACUAAUCUAAUAAGUUUAUGUGGUAGGGUGUACAAGAUAAAAGAAGAACAUUGUUUAAAAUCUUGUUUUAUGGUUUGCAAAAACAAAUUGUGCAUAGAUAAAACUUAUGUUUUAAUGCUGUUUGAUGUAAAUUAUUUAAUUACAGAAUCUAAAAAAACUUUUACACAUGUUGUAAGUGAUAGACAAAAGACAUGUCUAAAUUGUAAAGGAUAUCUUGAAGAAAAUAUAGAAUAUAGAACUUAUAUGAUUGAAUAUAAAUACAUUUUAAGUGCCUCGAAUUUUUAUGUUUACAUAAAAACGAAGCUUAGUUUGAAUGAAAAUGGAUGCUAUUUUGGAACCUUUGAAAGGAAUAAUAAUGGUAAAUUAUUAUUUAAUGUAACUAAAGAAUAUGUUAUUCAAACAGAUUGCAUUCAUUAUAUGAUGACUGAUGUUUGUAAAAUUAAUAUCGAACUACAAUUACUUUCAAUAACAAGUGCAAUUUUUAAAAGAAUUAAAGCAAAUUGUGAUCUACAAGAUACAAUUCUUUUUAUUAUAUUAAAUAUUCUAAGUAUCCAUAAUACUAGAAUAUUGAUAUUUACAAGCGAUCCACAAUACGUAAAAAAUUUUGCAGUUCAUCUUAUGAAAAUUAAAAAUUUACAGAAGAACAUAUAUUACGAUAUGAAAUCAUUUAAAGAUAAAAAUGGGCUAUGUAUCAGAGAUUAUAAUGAUACUAAAAUUUUUAAGAUUGAUUUAAUUUUUCAUAUGCCUAUAAGUAAUUUAGUAGAUUAUUCAUACAGUUCCUGCACAGAUGAUUUUUCAGUAAUUUCUAAAUCCAAAAAUUUGACAGAAGAUGAUCAUAGAAACAUACAAGAACUUUUUAUAAAAUUUAGAAAAGAAUUUAAGAGAAUUAUUGAACCUGAAAGAUUGUUAAAUAUGCUUGCACAUGUAUAUAGUUCUAUACAUGAAUAUCAAGAUGAUGCAUCUCAGAUAAAUGAUUUUAUUCUAAAACACUUUGUUGAUAAGUUGUUAUAA